GCAGGAGCCCGGACAGCCGGAGGCGGCGGCGGCGGCGGGGCGGCGAGCGCGGGAGCCCAGCCGAGCCGGCGGGCCGCGGUCGAGCGCGAUGCCGGCGGCGGCCGGGGAUGGGCUGCUGGGCGAGCCGGCGGCGCCCGGGGGCGGCGGCGGCGCGGAGGACGCGGCCAGGCCGGCGGCGGCCUGCGAGGGAAGUUUCCUGCCGGCCUGGGUGAGCGGCGUGCCCCGCGAGCGGCUCCGCGACUUCCAGCACCACAAGCGAGUGGGCAACUACCUCAUCGGCAGCAGGAAGCUGGGCGAGGGCUCCUUCGCCAAGGUGCGCGAGGGGCUGCACGUGCUGACCGGAGAGAAGGUAGCCAUAAAGGUCAUUGACAAGAAGAGAGCCAAAAAGGACACUUACGUCACCAAGAACCUUCGGCGAGAAGGGCAGAUUCAGCAGAUGAUCCGUCAUCCCAACAUCACCCAGCUCCUCGAUAUCUUGGAGACGGAGAAUAGCUAUUACCUGGUCAUGGAGCUGUGUCCUGGGGGCAACCUGAUGCACAAGAUCUACGAGAAGAAGCGUCUGGAGGAGUCUGAAGCCCGAAGAUACAUCAGGCAGCUCAUCUCCGCCGUGGAGCACCUGCACCGGGCUGGAGUGGUGCACAGGGACUUGAAGAUAGAGAAUUUGCUACUAGAUGAAGACAAUAAUAUCAAGCUGAUUGACUUUGGUUUGAGCAACUGUGCGGGGAUCCUGGGCCACUCCGACCCGUUCAGCACGCAGUGCGGCAGCCCGGCCUACGCCGCGCCUGAACUUCUCGCCCGGAAGAAAUACGGCCCCAAAAUUGAUGUCUGGUCCAUAGGCGUGAACAUGUAUGCCAUGUUGACCGGGACCCUGCCUUUCACAGUGGAGCCUUUUAGCCUGAGGGCUUUGUACCAGAAGAUGGUGGACAAGGAAAUGAACCCCCUCCCCACUCAGCUCUCCGCAGGUGCCAUCAACUUCCUGCGUUCUCUCCUGGAACCAGAUCCUGUGAAGAGACCCAAUAUCCAGCAAGCACUGGCGAACCGCUGGCUUAAUGAGAAUUACACGGGCAAAGUGCCGUGUAACGUCACCUAUCCCAACAGGAUUUCCCUGGAGGACCUGAGCCCGAGCGUGGUGCUUCACAUGACAGAGAAGCUGGGUUACAAGAACAGCGACGUGAUCAACACUGUGCUCUCCAACCGCGCCUGCCAUAUCCUCGCCAUCUACUUCCUUUUAAACAAGAAACUCGAGCGCUAUCUGUCAGGGAAAUCUGACAUCCAGGACAGCAUUUGCUACAAGACGCAGCUCUACCAGAUAGAAAAGUGCAGGCCGGCCAAGGAGCCCUAUGAGGCCUCCCUGGACACCUGGACAAGAGACCUUGAAUUUCAUGCUGUGCAGGAUGAAAAGCCCAAAGAACAAGAAAAAAGAGGAGAUUUUCUUCAUCGGCCGUUUUCCAAGAAGCCGGACAAGAACGCGCCCGCGCACAAACAGCCCUCGGCCUCUCUCAUCACGCAGAUUCAGAACACGAAAGCGCUGCUGAAGGACCGCAAGGCCCCCAAGGCCGGCUUCCCCGACAAAGAUUCCUUCGGCUGCCGCAAUAUUUUCCGUAAAACCUCCGACUCCAAUUGUGUGGCUUCUUCUUCCAUGGAGUUCAUCCCUGUCCCCCCUCCCAGGACCCCCAGGAUUGUCAAGAGACCAGAGCCCCCUCAGCAGGGCCCUGGGGUCCCUGGCCUGCCCCCCAAGGAAGACCCCCUGGUGCUGGAUAUGGUACGCUCCUUUGAGUCCGUGGAUCGCGAGGACCACACGGAGCCACUGUCCCCAUCUCAUCACUAUAGGAUUCUCGGCUCGCCUGGGGGCUUGGCCCGUGGGAGUCCCGGUGAGCGGACGCUCUCCCCGGCCCUGCUGCCCGGAAGCCUGUCCCCCCUGCAGACUCCUUUGCAUCCCACUCUGGUCUCCUUUGCUCACGAAGAAAAGAACAGCCCCCCAAAGGAAGAGGGCAUGUGUUCCCCAUCUCCAGGUCCCAGCAGUGGCCCCACACAGCCCCUGGGGAGCCCAAACUGCGUGAAAAGCCGGGGCAGGUUCCCCAUGAUGGGCAUCGGACAGAUGUUGCGGAAACGCCAGCAAAGCUUGCAGCCCUCCGCAGACCGGCCCCUGGAGGCCAGCAUGCCCCCGCUGCAGCCCAUGGCCCCCGUGAGCCUCUCCUUCGACGUGCCCGAUGGGGUCAAGGGCCAGUGCUGACCUGGGCCGGGGUGGGAUUCUGGGUAAUUGUGAGGAAAGCAAAGGAACAGAGCUCCCCACGAGCAUCAGGGUGUGACGACUGGAAGGCCGCAUGGGAGCCUCCUUCAGGGUCUCUCCUCUCCCCCUGCCAUGCCGUCUCCCAACUGUGAAUGGCUGACACCCACGACCCAAAGCCUGCACAGCCCGGCCAUGCACAGGGACCCCAGAGAUGCCGGAAUUCACUCGGAUGUCUGGCUAGAGGUGCAGACUCUGUGUCCUGCUUCUGCCUGCCCACCCACCAGCCCUCUGCCCACCUCCCCCUGCUGGGCCACUGUGGCCAUCAGCCUCUGGGCUACCCCUAUCCCAGCCUGUUAUGGGCUCUAUGCUCAUGCUGUACUCUGGGGGUGCCUCUCGGGACUGUGACUUCUUAGCAGGGAGCCUGUCAUGUGGGGACUGGCAGUGUCCCAGAGCGGUUCCCCUUCCUCUAGUAGAGGUGACUCCCCGCAGGGCCCGGGGAGCUGCUGACUCAUCAGCCAGGCCUCGGACACCUCCGAGAAAAGUGGGCCACAGCCUCGGCCAGUGGUGCCACCCUCUCUGUGUUGGAGGGGCAGGCAAAGAUGGAGCCAGACAGUGGCACCCCAACGAAAGGCAAAGGCCAAAGGGGACACACAUUUGCCAUCUUUUUUGGUUGAAACUUGCUAAGUGUCGACUUAUCUUGUCCAAAGAUGAUUUUUCCUUAGGGGAUGUCAAAUCAAAGUAACAGGAUUU